UUCUUGAUCUACCUCGUCAUACUAAGCUGGGCAUUCACAGAUUCAUCCCUACCGCGCGACGCGCGGUUAUUGCCUCCUAGUCCUGCUGAAACCGCGAAACCCAAAACAAAACAAUAACGCUACAAACCGCUCCAGUGGAGGAAGCCAGGAAGGAAUAUGAAGUGAGCAAUCGCACGGCACGAAGCAAGCAGGCAGGAAAGCAAAAGAAGUUGGCGCAAGUUCACUUUUUGAAGCAAAAUGGACCGAAUCGAGGCUGGACAAGAGAUGGCUUUCCGGGUUGGAUUCACCGGCCACAGCGGUCAUCUCACGAUAGAGCCUCUUCCUCCGGUUCAACGGUCCACUCCUCUCAGUUCACUCCCUGAUUUCAUACUCCCUCCUGCAUUUCCACGGGAAACGCCAGAAUCAAUAAAAGAAUAUAUAAAGGAAACGCAUCUACUCCCAAGGUUGGAUCCUGACGAGUUUUCUGCAGAAAAAUCUGGAAAGCAAUGGGAAUUUGAUUGGUUCGACAGAGCUAAAAUUCCAUUGGAGCCUUCUUUGCCUCGGUCUAUAGUUAUUCCAACAUGGGAAUUACCUUUUAGACGUACAAAAAGAAGUUCUGGGCAUGAUAUAUGGGAGCCUAGAUCAGAACAGGUAGAUAUAGCAGAACUUACAGCAGGAGCUGAGGAUUCUGGUGUAUUGCCACGUAUUGUUGGACCUGCAAAAGAUUAUGUAAAAGGAAGCCUCAGCAGCCAUCCUUUUCGUCCAGGUGGCUUGGAGGAUUCUCAUUCUUUGGGGAGGAUCCUUCCUGAUGGUGCUGUCAAUGGUGAAUGGGUAUGGGAGGUACUUAAUGGAGGUCCUGCACAAUCUAUUGCGCCGAGCUUUAAGGAUGGUCUGGAUCUAGGUGAUCUCAGGGCACACUCAAGUUCAUGGAACGUUUUUGUGGAUCAGAGUGAUGUUAAGCCCGUGCAAGAUGUGAAAUUGAAUGAUUUGUCUUUGCAGUUUGAUGACUUGUUUAGAAAAGCUUGGGAAGAGGAUGUGUCAGGUUAUGCUGCAGAUGGUGACACAUCAAAGGUCCAAGUAGAAACAAAAGAAUUAGGCUCUGUUGAAUCAGAGUCAGAAACUAAUGUAGAUAAUUCUUCAGUGGCCAGUAAUAUUGCAAAGAUUGAAUCAUCUGUUUUGGAUGAGGUAUUGUCUGCUGAAUUACAAGCAACAACUACAAUCCUCAAUGGAGAUCAAGAUGGUAGCAUUGAACAGCCAAAAAAGGCAUGGGUUGUCAGUGGAGCCAGUGGAAAGAUAGUGGAACAGUUUCAUGAACUUGUUCCUGACAUGGCACUUAAUUUUCCGUUCGAAUUGGAUCCAUUCCAAAAGGAGGCCAUCUAUUAUCUUGAAAGGGGAGACUCUGUUUUUGUGGCAGCUCACACAUCUGCUGGAAAGACAGUUGUUGCAGAGUAUGCAUUUGCUUUGGCAACAAAACAUUGCACGAGAGCUGUAUAUACUGCUCCCAUCAAGACCAUCAGUAACCAAAAGUACAGGGACUUUUGUGGGAAAUUUGAUGUGGGUCUUCUCACUGGUGAUGUCAGUUUGAGGCCAGAGGCCUCUUGUCUUAUCAUGACUACAGAGAUAUUGAGAUCAAUGCUCUAUCGUGGUGCUGACAUCAUACGUGACAUAGAAUGGGUAAUAUUUGAUGAAGUUCAUUAUGUGAACGAUGUUGAAAGAGGUGUUGUUUGGGAAGAAGUUAUUAUCAUGCUCCCCAGGCAUAUUAACUUUGUCCUGCUCUCAGCCACGGUACCAAAUACAAUUGAGUUUGCUGAUUGGAUUGGUCGGACAAAGAAAAAGCAAAUUCGUGUGACUGGGACAACAAAGAGACCUGUCCCUUUGGAGCACCACCUCUUUUAUUCUGGAGAGCUUUACAAAGUCUGUGAAAACGAAGAGUUUGUGCCUAAAGGACUGAAAGCUGCCAAAGAUGCUAGUAAGAGGAAGACCACAAGUGCUGUUGCUGGUGGAGCUGGAUCUUAUCCUGGGUCUUCUCCAUCCAAUGAUAGGGCUCGAGCUCACAGGCAUGAAAGUUCUCAUCAGGGAAAACAGACCAGGCAUUCUGGAUCCCAGAACUUAGGGAACUCUCGGGCUGUCUGGGGAAACCAGAACAAUGGCCUUGGCCCUAAUACAGGGUUGAGGAGAUCAGAGGCUACAAUGUGGCUAUCGCUGAUUAACAAGCUGUCAAAGAAAUCCUUGUUACCUGUGGUUAUGUUUUGUUUCUCAAAGAAUCGGUGUGAUAAAUCAGCUGAUAGUAUGACCACAACUGACCUUACAACUAGUUCGGAGAAAAGUGAGAUUCGGAUCUUCUGUGAUAAAGCAUUUUCACGGCUAAAGGGGUCCGAUAGGAACCUACCACAGAUUGUCAGAGUUCAAAGCCUUCUUCACCGGGGCAUUGGUGUGCAUCAUGCUGGACUGCUUCCAAUUGUCAAGGAAGUAGUUGAAAUGCUUUUCUGUCGUGGUUUGGUCAAGGUUUUAUUCUCAACUGAGACAUUUGCAAUGGGAGUGAAUGCCCCUGCAAGGACAGUGGUGUUUGAUACUUUAAGGAAGUUUGAUGGCAAGGAAUUUAGACAGUUACUCUCGGGAGAGUAUACUCAGAUGGCUGGUCGUGCUGGGAGGAGAGGACUGGAUGAGACUGGUACAGUUAUUGUCAUGUGUCGUGAUGAAAUCCCCGAUGAGAGAGAUCUAAAGCCUGUGAUAGUUGGUAGGCCAACUAGGCUUGAAUCUCAAUUUCGACUGACCUAUAUCAUGAUCCUGCAUCUCCUCCGUGUUGAAGAACUGAAGGUGGAGGAUAUGCUAAAAAGAAGUUUUGCUGAAUUCCAUGCUCAGAAAAAACUUCCCGAGAAACAGCAACUUCUAAUGCGAAAGCUUGCCCAGCAAACAAAAACUAUUGAAUGCAUAAAGGGUGAACCAGCAAUAGAGGAGUACUAUGAGAUGUCCUCAGAAGCUGACACACAUAGCACCAAGAUAGUGGAGGCAGUCAUGCAGUCCCCUGGCUCCCAGCAUUAUCUUAGUCCUGGAAGAGUGGUGGUUGUAAAAUCAGAGUCAGCCCAGGAUCACUUGCUAGGCGUUGUUGUGAAAGCACCUUCUUCUAACAAUAAGCAGUACAUAGUUUUUGUGCUGAUGCCUGAAUUGCCUUUGACAUUGCAAAACCCAUCAGAUAGUAGCAACUUGAAGGAUGAUAAAGGUGCUGGUUUACAGAUAUUGAUACCUAAGUCAAAACGUGGUCUGGAGGAUGAUUAUUAUUCUUCAGUCACUUCUCGGAGAGGUUCAGGUGUUGUCAACAUUAAAUUACCUCAUCGUGGUACUGCUGCUGGGAUGAAUUAUGAAGUUCGAGGAAUUGAUAACAAAGAGUUCCUUUCAAUAUGCAACUGCAAAAUAAAGAUUGAUCAAGUUCGACUUCUGGAAGAUGUCAGUGCUGGAGCCUACUCGAAUACUGUACAGCAGCUGCUGUUAUUGAAAUCUGAUGGAAAUAAGUACCCUCCACCUCUAGAUCCAGUCAAAGAUCUGAAGCUGAAAGACCUAGAUGUUGUUAAAGCCUAUCAUAAAUUGAACAUUUUGUUGCAAAAGAUGGCACAAAAUAAAUGCCACGGAUGUGUCAAAUUGGAGGAGCAUAUUAAGUUAGCCCGUGAAUUGAAGCGGCACAGAGAGGAAGUCAAUACCUUGAAGUUCGAAAUGUCAGAUGAAGCACUGCAGCAAAUGCCUGAUUUUCAGGGUCGGAUUGAUGUUUUGAAGGAAAUCGGUUGUGUAGAUGCUGACCUUGUGGUUCAAAUAAAAGGCCGUGUUGCUUGUGAAAUGAAUUCUGGGGAGGAAUUAAUAUGCACUGAGUGCUUGUUUGAGAAUCAGUUCGAUGACUUGGAACCAGAAGAAGCUGUGGCAAUUAUGUCUGCCUUUGUCUUUCAGCAGAAAAAUACCUCUGAACCUUCUCUUACACCAAAGCUUUCUCUGGCUUGUAAGAGAUUGUACGAUACAGCAAUAAGGCUAGGUCAACUUCAAGCAAGCUUCAAAAUACAGAUCGAUCCGGAAGAGUAUGCUCGGGAGAAUCUCAAGUUUGGUCUCAUUGAAGUGGUUUACGAAUGGGCAAAGGGCACUCCAUUUGCUGAUAUUUGUGAACUCACUGAUGUUCCUGAAGGUUUGAUAGUCAGGACCAUAGUUAGAUUGGAUGAGACAUGCCGUGAAUUUAAAAAUGCUGCUGCGAUCAUGGGUAAUUCUGCCCUUUACAAGAAAAUGGAAACUGCUUCGAAUGCCAUAAAGCGCGACAUUGUCUUUGCUGCUAGCUUGUACGUCACAGGGUUGUGACCUUGUUGAAGUCGAAAGGCCUUGAUUUGUGCCAAUCACCAAUACAUGUAAAUGGACUCUUGUUGUACACUAGUCAUCACCAUGAAUUGGCUGAUUUUUUUAGUUAGAGUUUGAGAUUUUUUAGUAUUCGUGAUCUACUUGUUAGGAUGAACUUAUUGAGAAUUAUCAAGCUUAACUAAUCGCUUUGAUAUGUAUAUGAUAAAAUGGUGAAGAAAAUUAAGCGGAUCGACGACCAGGAGCACAAGAACAUCCAUCACUGGAAAGAUUGCAUUUAUUUCGUCAGGAAUUCAACAAUAGCAUAAUAUGAGAAAUAUCUCCAACGAAAGGAUCAUGUUCAGGAACAGGUCUUCAAUGAUCUAUCAUUCCCCUUCAGUUGUCACUCCUCUUGGGUUUGUCGGAGACGAAACCAGCCUGAAACCGGCAAUCAACGAAAGUGAAAUCAGACGACAUCUUAUCUGGAAUACCAAACGGAAAAUGGAUAUAGUUUAAAAGAAGCUUAUUCAAAAUGAAAGUAGUUACGACCUCAUCAGCAGCUGCUGGAAUCCAUUCAUUAGUCGCUGGAUUUCCCUUGCAGGAGCCAUGGUAAUCUGUUGCAGAAUCUGGUUCUAAGCUGAAGGAUUUGCCUUUCAUGCUCUCUAUAGCAAUGAAUCCAGUUCCCGUCUGCAAUUUCAUUUUCAAGAGCAGAGGAUUAUUCAUGUUUCAUUUGGAUGAUUAGGGGAACAUCACUAAUUUUUCUAUCAAGAAAGAAAAGAAGAAAAUCUUUUUUUAUAUAUAUAUAUAUACUCGAAUGCUGGCUUUUUUUGUUUCUGAUCUUGUUACUAUUCGACCAGUUGAGGUAACCAAAAUAAUGUAGAGAUGCAAUGGAAUCAAA